CCUUCUUUGACUUUAUGUUUUAUUUUUUUUUUCAGCCCUAAAGCAAUGACAUCCAUAUCUUAAAUUUAAUUGAGGUCAACGAGGUCAAUGUUGGGUUCAGGUCGCGCUACGAUUUCGCGCAAUGUCUCGAGAUGCGCUCGCAGAUGCUACUCCACUGCAUCGCAACAGGAGAUUGAACGAGCGCGCGCAUACUGCUUGAGCCUAUUAAAGAAAUACGAUCACCCCUCUUAUGUUCUACAAGCAUUCAUUCCCACUUCUGCGAAAGAUGCCUACCUCGCUCUCCGCGCCUUCAACGUUGACGUCGCUCGCGUAGCAGAUACAACCUCACAUCCAAGCAUCGGCGCUAUGCGCAUGCAAUUCUGGAGGGAUGUCGUGUCCGAGUCGCUGGCUGGAACACCCCGUAAGGAGCCAACUGCAAUACUCCUUGCUUCAGCUGCUGAGGACUUGCAGCGACGAAGUAGUGGCCGUGUGAAGCUCAGCAAGAAUUGGUUGCAUCGCAUCGUAAAUACGCGGGAACAGUAUCUUGGCAAUCCACCGUACCCGACCUUGGAGAGCCUCGAAAGCUACGCCGAGAAUACGUAUAGCACAUUGCUGUACCUCACGUUGCAAGCUCUUCCCAUGCAAUCUUUGGUCGCAGAUCAUGUCGCCUCGCAUAUUGGCAAAGCAACAGGCAUUGCAACCGUACUUCGUGGAUUACCGCUUAUCGCGUUCCCACCACCGCCUCCAACGCAUCACACGAGCAAUGCAAAAGGAGGUCCGAUGUCCAAUCCGCCUCAAGGUGCGGUGUUAUUGCCCUUAGACAUUAUGGCACGUACAGGCGUACAGGAGGAGAGGGUUCUGCGUGAAGGGCCUGCAGCUCCAGGCCUUUCAGACGCUGUCUUUGAAGUUGCGACUCGUGCUAACGACCACCUCAUCACGGCAAGGGAAAUGCUUAAAAAUCUACGCGCCGGUAAGGAUGCUGGACACGAGUUCGAGCAUAUUGAUGAUGGGGAACACGGCUACGGAGACACUGUGCAGGAACGUAGUACAGACAGGCAAUUGGCGGACGUGAAUCGCGCGUUUGGCGUCCUGAUGGGACCUGCACUAACGACUAGGCUGUUCUUGGAGAAACUGGAAAAGGCGAACUUCGACAUCUUUGAUGAUAAGCUGCGCAAGUCAGACUGGAAAUUCCCAAUAAGGGCUUAUUGGGCAUUCACGAGGAAGGAGAUAUGAGAUGUCUUUGGCCAGAACAGCUCAUCAGAAUCCCUUUCUAACCGUGAGCCAUGCCUGCAGGCUCUUGAUCACAUUGUUCACCUGCAUUGGAAUUUAGGCCGCGCAAUUCUGGAACGAAGAUACGGAUGAUGCAGGUCGAAGUGUGAACCGCAAAGAAUUAAGAUUCGAGGAUAAAGUAGUGACCUGCCGAUUAAAUCAUGGUCGUCCUCGUAUGCCUGACACGAGGUGUCAUUGAGCCGCCGGCCUAGUUCGUGCCACCGGCUCGAGGUUUCGUAUCUUUUUGCGCAUUGUAGCUCUACUGUAAAUAUCCGAAUGUAGACGGUCUCGUACCAAACCUAACACUGCCAACACAACAUGUGGGGCCACAAGGCACUCAGGCC